AUGCUAUUUGGCAUAAGUACAAACUUUACCAACUCCUUAGUCAAAAUAUCAAAGAAAAUGGUUCACCACAAAGUCACAAUUAUUGGUUCUGGCCCUGCGGCCCACACCGCUGCCAUCUACUUGGCGCGUGCUGAAGUCAAGCCAACUAUGUAUGAAGGUAUGUUGGCUAACGGCAUUGCCGCUGGAGGUCAGUUGACCACUACUACAGACAUCGAAAACUUCCCAGGUUUUCCUGAAGGAAUUUCUGGUACGGGGUUGAUGGAAAACAUGAGAAAGCAAAGCGAAAGAUUCGGUACCGAAAUCAUCACUGAAACCAUUUCCAAGGUGGAUUUCAGCAAGCGUCCAUUCAAGUUGUGGACUGAGUGGAACGAAGAUGCCGAGCCUAUUACCACAGAUGCUGUCAUUCUUGCAACCGGUGCCUCGGCCAAGAGAAUGCACAUUCCAGGUGAAGACACCUACUGGCAACAAGGUAUUUCUGCUUGUGCUGUCUGCGACGGUGCUGUGCCUAUUUUCAGAAACAAGCCUUUGGCUGUUAUUGGUGGCGGUGACUCUGCAUGUGAGGAGGCUUUGUUCUUGACGAAGUAUGCGUCGAAGGUUUUCUUGCUUGUGAGAAGAGACGUCUUGAGAGCAUCCCCAAUCAUGCAAAAGAGAGCAAUGAACCAUGAAAAGAUUGAGAUUUUGUGGAACACUUCUGCCACUGAGGCCAAGGGUGAUGGCAAGUUGAUGAACAGUCUUGACAUUAUCAACAACAAGACUAAAGAAACCUCUACUCUCCAAGUUAAUGGCUUGUUCUACGCUAUUGGACACAUCCCUGCCACUCAGGUGUUUGCUUCUCAACUUGAAACCGACGAGCAGGGUUACAUCAAAACUGUCCCUGGCACUGCCCAAACAUCUGUCCCAUUCGUUUUCGCCGCGGGUGAUGUUCAAGACAAGAAGUACAGACAAGCCAUCACCUCUGCAGGUACUGGUUGUAUGGCUGCUCUUGACUGUCUCGCCAAAUUCGACGAAGAAGAGGAGUGA